CACACUCAAGUUUUCUGUUAUGCAAAAAAUAUCCUUUAAACUUGUUGUGGCAACAAUGAUUCUCUGCAUGGCCAGCAGAUCCAAUGCAAAAAAAGGUGUCAAAUGUGGAGGUGUUCUUUCUGCACAAAUGGGCAACUUCUCCAGUCCAAACUUCCCUGGAUUCUACCCAUAUGAUACGGACUGCACGUGGCUUAUAGUUGUUGCAGAGGGAUCAUCUGUUAUGCUAACAUUUCAUCACUUUGACAUUGAAUAUCAUGACUUCUGUCACUAUGAUUAUAUUAAAAUCUAUAAUGGUGCCACUCAAGAUGAAGGAAACCUACUUGGAAAGUUCUGUGGUAAUGACUACCCACCACAGUUUACUUCAUCUUGGCAUGUCAUGUCAAUUAUCUUUCAUUCUGACCGGCAUGUAGCCAACAAAGGAUUCUCUGCAGCUUACAGGAAAGAUGUUUGUGGAGGUGUACUGACUGGCUAUUCUGGAAGAAUUACCAGUCCGGAAUAUCCAGAAAACUACCCAAAUGCAGCAGAAUGCCGGUGGGUGAUUCAGGUAUCCAACUGUACAGUCAUAAAACUGGUUUUCUAUGACUUUCAGUUAGAAAAUAAUGAAAAAUGCAACUUUGAUUAUGUGGCCAUUUUUGAUGGAGCCAAUAUGAGUGCUAAACAUUUGGGUCACUACUGUGGAAACGUAAAACCUCCAGAUAUGGUCUCAGCUACAAAUGAGAUCCUUAUUCUGUUCGUGUCUGACUUCAAUAUUGGUGGAAGAGGCUUUGAAGCUUACUUUUUCUCAGGAGAAUGUCAGCAAGUAUUUACAGAUAUCAAAGGGAACUUCUCCAGUCCUCAGUACCCAGGAACAUAUCCUAACAACAUCAAUUGCCAAUGGACAGUUCAUCUUCCUCAUGGGUACAGAAUUAAGGCAGUUUUUCUGGACUUGGAUUUGGAGGACAGAAACAGCUUGUCUGAUGAAUGCGAAUAUGACUUUGUGUCUGUUUUUGAUGGUGAUACUGAAAAAGACCCAAAACUGGGAACGUGGUGUGGAAGAGAAAUGCCAGCACCUCUGUUUUCCAAAGGGAAUUCACUUCUAUUUGUGCUACGUGCAGAUCGGAAUUUAGCAAGCAGAGGCUUUUCUGUUGCAUAUAUUGGAGUGGUUCCAAUGAAUGUUAGCUGCACAAGAACUGACUUCCAAAUUCAAAUUCCUCUGCAAGCACUUCCACAACUUGAUCGCAGUAAUGUUUACUUGGGGAAUCCAUCUUGUUCUGCUAAUGUGGUUGCGUCAGUUUAUAAAAUAAUAUCAAGAUUCGAUACCUGUGGAAUAAAGUCCAAGGAAAGAAGUAAUACUACUGUUAUUGCAAGCUUCCUAUAUAUCGAUUUCACAACUGGGGACCAAGAAGAUAUUCAUAAAUAUGAGGUUAUCUGUGAACCAAAGAAGAAGGAGGCCACAGUAAACAUUAUUUCAGGAGGAGAUCCAUUCAUGCUAAAUCAGUUUGCUGAGAAUUUGGUUGAACCCAAUAAUGCCAACACAGGAAAAUCUGAGAGCUCAGAAACCGUGAAGAAGCAAGACACAAGUGAUAUUGUAUUUAUAAGUAUCUGUGUAUUAGCAGGUAUCCUGAUGGUGAUAGCUAUAGUUGGAUUAGUACUGCUUUGAAAGGGUCAUUAAGUGCCAUCAAAAUAUGAUUAUCUCUACACAAUGCAGAGCAGUGUACCAUUAGAACACAUUUUGAAGUAAGGUGUCUGGUUCAAAAUGUCAGUGUUAAGGACAGAGUUUCUAAUGAAUAUAUCAUCUAUGUGGUAAUCUUAGCUGUGAUCUUACGAUUAUAUGAAUAGCUACACAUCGAUGUAUUGUGACUUAACAUUUCAAAGUCUGGCCUUGUGCACAUUAGGUCAGUUUGCAAAAAGUGAGUGCUCAAUUUAGCUUACUCAAGAGACAUUACAUGAAAGCGAGAAACUUAAAAUGUGAUCGCCGGGUAUAUGUUUAUCGUAUUUGAAAGCCAAACUAUGUAAUAGCGUAUGUUUUUGAGUUUUUUUUUUUAAUGCAUGAGCAGAUAUGUGUCUGUGUCAUUUCUUAUCAAGCCUUUUAAAAUCUCCAGAAGUAACUAGACAGCUUAUUUUGUGACCUGUAAAUCUUUAUGGAGGAUAUUAUUGUGGCAUUAUGAUAGAAUGUGGGCCACAGACCUAAUGGUCUUAUACUGCCAGAUGCUAAGCUGGCACUAAACCUUCUAUUCCACAUGAAAUAAUUUCAGUUUGCUGUAAAUCUCCAGAGAAUCAUUUCUGACAUUCUGCAU